AUCAAAAGUAGAUCUUCAUAGUAAACUAUGGACCCACAUAGCUUAACUGGUGCCACGUGGCAUCAAAAGUAGGAGACAAGGAACCAUCCUUGACGCUGCUGCAACGUAGCAGAUCUCGCUAGCAACCAUGGUAGCAUUCAACCCCCCAUCUUCUUCUUCACCCGCCCCUAUUCUCUGACUUUCUCUCUUUUCCACGAUCCCAUUCCCAUUUUCCCCUCAAAACAAAACUACAAACCCUAAAUAUCUCCAACCAUUCCAUUUCGUUAACUCGAUCUGAGUGAAUGUUCAGAACACCGUCGCAAUGGCGGGAAAGUCUGACGCAGUAUCGAUCCACGUUCCUUACAAGAAUCUAAGGAACGCUUCUUCCGCCGCCGAGGUCGAACUCGUCGGCUUAGAUGAACCUCGUCACCGGAUCGACCUCAAUUCGCCGCGCUCCGAUCAAGUACCGCCCAAAAAUAACGCCUCCAUUGUUCACCUCGUUCUCAGUUGCACUGUCGCUGCCGGUGUUCAGUUUGGUUGGGCUUUGCAGCUUUCUCUUCUCACACCUUACAUUCAGACGUUGGGAAUAGGACAUGCGUUUUCUUCAUUUAUUUGGCUUUGUGGCCCCAUUACAGGCCUUGUGGUUCAACCCUGUGUUGGUAUUUGGAGUGAUAAAUGUACUUCAAAGUUUGGGAGAAGACGGCCAUUCAUUCUUGCAGGAUCUCUUAUGAUCUCCUUGGCUGUGAUAUUGAUCGGGUUUUCUGCAGACAUUGGAUAUUUAUUAGGGGAUACAAAAGAGCAUUGCAGUACAUUUAAAGGGACUCGAACAAGGGCUGCUGUUGUAUUUAUUCUUGGGUUCUGGAUGCUGGACCUUGCCAACAACACAGUACAGGGGCCAGCUAGAGCACUUUUGGCAGAUCUGUCGGGUCCUGAUCAACGCAAUGUAUCAAAUGCUGUCUUUUGCUCAUGGAUGGCAGUGGGAAACAUUCUAGGAUAUUCUUCUGGUGCUAGUGGAAAGUGGAACAAAUGGUUCCCUUUCUUAACAACUAAUGCUUGCUGUGAGGCCUGUGGCAAUCUUAAGGCAGCAUUUCUUGUUGCUGUGGUGUUUUUGACAUUAUGCACACUUGUAACCCUAUAUUUUGCUGAUGAAAUUCCCCUUACUACUGCAAGUCAACAUCACCGUUUAUCAGAUUCUGCUCCUUUAUUGGAUGAACAACAAAAUGGCAUUGAAUUUUCUAAAUCAAAGCCUUUAUCUAUAAAUGAGUCCAAUGGUGAGACAAGAGAGGAUCAUUCCGAGGAAGUUGUAAACCUGAAGCAUGAGAGUUUCAAUGCCGGUGAAGAUCAUAAUGAAAAUUUAAUGGAUGGGCCUGGAGCAGUAUUGGUUAACUUGUUAACAAGUUUAAGGCAUUUGCCACCUGCUAUGCAUUCAGUGCUGGUUGUAAUGGCUCUCACUUGGUUGUCAUGGUUUCCAUUCUUUCUGUUUGAUACGGAUUGGAUGGGGAGAGAGGUUUAUCACGGGGAUCCAAAAGGAACUGCUUCUGAAAUAAAUCUUUAUGAUCAAGGUGUUAGAGAAGGUGCAUUUGGUUUGCUAUUGAAUUCUGUUGUGCUUGGAAUUAGCUCUUUUUUAAUUGAACCAAUGUGUAAGUGGAUGGGUGCAAGAUCAGUAUGGGCAGUGAGCAAUUUUGUUGUCUUUGUUUGCAUGGCUGGCACUGCUAUCAUUAGUCUAAUUUCUGUCCACGAUUAUACCGGAGGAAUAGAACAUGCGAUUGGAGCAAGUGAGGGAAUCAAGGUUGCUUCCUUGGUUGUCUUUAUUCUGCUUGGAUUUCCACUUGCGAUUACCUACAGUGUUCCAUUUGCUGUUACAGCAGAAUUGACUGCUGAUUCAGGUGGUGGCCAAGGAUUGGCUAUAGGAGUUCUAAAUCUUGCAAUUGUUGCUCCACAGAUGAUUAUAUCCCUUGGUUCUGGUCCAUGGGAUGCUCUCUUUGGUGGUGGCAAUAUUCCUGCCUUUGUUUUGGCCUCCGUCUGUGCUCUCGCCGGUGGCAUUUAUGCAUUUCUAAAACUGCCAAAUCUUUCUAGCAAUGCCUUCAAGUCAUCCGGAUUUCAUUUUGGCUAGCUGUUGGAAGAUCUAAUCUGGUAAAGUUUUUAACGUGUACAUGGUCCUCAGAAAUUGGAAUAACAUGAAUAGUUUGGAGAGCUGGCAAGAUGAUAUUGUGUUAUGUUGCUUUCCAAUACAUACACAGAAAGGCACAUUCUGCAUUCCAUAUUAAAAUUCAUUCAUUCUUCCUCCCACAUUGUGGGUGUUGUAUUGUAUGUAAUAUAUUAUAAAGGCUGCACAAUAGAAGAAAGCUUAGGAGCAUAUAGUAACACACACAUUUGUAAUCACCAUUAUUCAAUCAAUUAGUGAUUACAAAAUGAUGAGAUCAAUUUUGAGAGUAAAUCUUGUGACUUGGGUUCACACUUGUUAAGGUGAAUGGAGCACCUGUUAAGAUAAUUUUGUUAAAAUAGCGCGAUGAACGCCGUAAGUUGUCUGAAAGCAAAUCUUAAAGGAAUGUAUAAUGUAAGUCCAUGUAUUAGUUAUGUAUAUGAUAUAUGUAUUCUUGUAAGCAAGACUUAGAAAUGCAAAAGUAUGCCGAGGGUAAAGGUUUUUUGCUGUUGAGAAAAACACAUUUAUCAAAAGGCAAGACCCAUAGUCAAAAUGGGUAGGGCUACAAUUGUAAGAAGUUUCUUGGGGACGAACUUUUCUUUUAUCUGCAGGUCUAUUUCUUGACAAAAAACGUUUUUUAAUUUCCAUAUAGAAAUGUUCUUUUAAUAAUUCGUGUGUUUCCUAUAACAUAUUGAGAGCGGGUUGAUUAUGUUCAUUUAUUGAGAUAAAGCUGAAUUGUUUUUUCCAGUUUUUAGUAAGGGAGUUUUCCAAUCCACUUUCAAUAAUGUGUGAGGAUUUUAUCGGAAUGAUUUUUUUCCGGUGUAUUUCAUGUUAAAAUAUUCUAUCUCUGUUCAUAUAUAUUUCAUUUUUCAGGUUUAUUAAAUAAUUAAUGUUAAACUGUCAAAUAGUCCGGUCUGGCCUAGUCCGCUUCGGCCCAGUGGGUUAAUAUGUUUAACUAGAUUGACCCCGCCCAAUUGCUUAAUGAGCUACAUAAAAUAAAUUUGGUCUGAUUUUCAAAGGCCCAUAAAACCUGAUGGGUCAGCCCGACUAGUAUUUCAAUAUUAUUGUUUUAAUUUUAUAAAAAAGAUGU